AUGUUGUGGGUUUCGGGUUUAAUAUUUAUAAUUUUUUGUGGAACUACAAGCGGUUAUAUUGUUAAGGACGAAUGUCCACCUGACGAGGAAUAUCUCACUUGCGGGUCAGCAUGCCCCUUAAACUGCACCAACCAGGAACCAGUUGCGUGCACAAAGAAUUGCGUUGCAGGUUGUUUUUGCAAGCCCAAUUAUUUGAGGAAUAAGAAUGGAACCUGUGUACGACCUGAAGAAUGUUUCGCUGAGACAUAUCCAGUCUGCGGAGAAAACGAAGAGUAUACGACAUGCGGUAGUGCUUGUCCUCUAACGUGCUCUCAAUAUGAACCUAGGACCUGCAUUCUAGUUUGUAUAGAGGGCUGCUUCUGCAAACCAGGAUAUUACAGAAACGAAAUCACCGGCAAGUGUGUAACGUUGGAUCAAUGUCCUGUCGCGGAGGAUUACCAAGUCUGCGGCGAAAACGAAGAGUAUACGACAUGCGGUAGUGCUUGUCCUCCAACGUGUGCUCUACCUGAACCUGGGGUUUGUACUCUAGAUUGUAGAGUGGGCUGUUUCUGCAAAUCAGGAUACUACAGAGAUGAAAUUACCGGCAAAUGUGUAACGCUGGAUCAAUGUUCUGUCGUUUGCGGCGAGAAUGAAGAGUAUAACUCAUGCGGUAGUGCUUGUCCUCGAAUGUGUAACAAACCUGCACCUGAGGCUUGCAUUCAAGUUUGCAGAGCGGGUUGUUUCUGUAAACCAGGAUACUGCAGAGACGAAAGUACCGGCAAGUGUAUCGAGCAGAGUAAAUGUGCUGACAAUCGCUGCCCCAAGAAUGAAGUCUAUAGCACGUGUAAUGCACGCUGUCAGCCAUCAUGCAACAACACUAACCCAGUUUGCCCGGAGAUCUGCGUGCCUGGGUGCGUCUGCGCUCCGGGUCUAGUGCGCAACGAUUGCGGUGAAUGUGUCAGCGUUGAUAAGUGCUUUGAGAAUGGGUCCUACGAGAGUUUUAUGUACAACUAUUUAAACAACCUUAUUAGACUGUAUCAAUCGUACUAUGCUUAA